CCAGCGAAACUCACGUCCUGGGGAGCAGGGCUGUCCUCUCUUCUCUCAUCACCAGCGCUCCGUGUCCAGUCUAAGUUUCCUCGUUCUUUCACGUGUUCAAGAUCUCUACGGACCGGACAGACUCCUAGGUAGGAGUGGGAAUCCAAAGAGAAAAACAGUAGCAACUCCUACUACAAACGGUAACGCCUACUCUUUACUGAGCGGUUUUGCUGGACUCGCCAUGGGGUGAGGGCUUUGUGACUAGGGGGCGCGCAGGCCCUGCUCUGCAGGAGCUCACAGUCUACGGGAGAAAAGAGAAAUGCGCAUGGACUUUCAACCCUGAGCGCGAGCGAGCACCGCCCUGCGGAGACGCUGGCCUGACCCCGCCCCUCAGUGCGCUUCCCGGCCUGGUUCUGUCCGCUCCGCGUGGGAAGCCCGCGUGCCCAGCGGGGCCCUUAAUUCAAGACACGUGAAUGGCCCCCAGGGCCGAGUGAGAGGGUCCGAGUAGGGUGGCGGUUCCCAGGCCAGGGGUGUCAGGUUCUCUUCUGUCCCCAGAGAGUGGCCCUGAGAGGCCCUGGCACAAAGGGGCUCCCAUUGGGAUGAAGCCAUCCGAAGCCAUCACUGCACAAGAGAAUAUUGUGGCAGGACAGCUGUCCUCAGCACCUCAACCGUGGCUGGCAUGCAGUAGGCACUGAAUAAACAUUUGUCUAGUAAAAUCUGUCAGUUUGGGUUGGAAAGAGGAGGAGAGUGCAGAGCAAGGAAGAAAUAACCAGACCAUGCCAGCCUCUGCCGGAGGCGGGGAGCCUGUCCUGCGCAGCAUGCUGGCUUGGGCGCUGCUGCUCUCCCUCCGCGCAGCAGCCGCUGCCAUGGGAAACCGCAUCUUCACGGGGCCUGCUCUCAGGCUGACCACCUCUCCAAAGCCAGCUGUGAUCCAGAUUGGCGGACAGACCUUCACGCGAUUUGACCGAGGAAUGACGUGGCUGGCGGCCCUGCAGUACUGCCGCAGUCACCAGACGGACCUGGCCGACCUGCAGACGGUGAUUGACGAGGCAGACAGGGAGGCCUUGAAGUCCAUCACGAGUGACACUGAGGCCUGGAUUGGCCUCUACUUCAAUGCGGCCUCUCGGUCUCUGAGCUGGUCCAGUGACUUGGGUGCCAGCAUCCCCCACUGGCUGCAGGUGCCCGAGUUCUGGCCAGGACUGUGUGCGGGACUUCGCAUCUUUGCGCGCUACGCCCCCAGAGUUUCUUCAGAUGUCUGCUCUGCCCUGAAGCCCUUCAUCUGCUUCUACAACGCCUCCAGUGGACACCGGGAGUUGGCAGCGCUCCCUCAGCUCUUCUACGCUCCCUCUUCAGACGUGACAGCAGGGACAACGCCCAGUCCAAGGACCGGCUCCGGCCCCGGCACGCGCGCCCCCCGCGCCUCCGCGUCCGCGGGCCACGGGGAAGGGCCGCAGGGCCCGCCGGGGAUCGGCCCGAGCGCGACCUCCGGCCCCGCGCCCCCGGGGAGGGUCUCGGGCCCCCAAGACGUGAGCGGGACCGCUCUGGCCUCCGCUUCGAGCCCUGCUGCUGUCCCUGCGUCCCCGGAGCACCUCGUCACCGAGGGCCGGCCCGUUUCUUCGCGGGAGGCCACCGCGGGCCCCUCCCCCGGCUCCACCGGCGGCGCCUCCAGUACCCCCGGGCAGGCGGCGCCCCCGGGCUCGGCUACGCCCAGCUGGUGCCGCGGCUCCGGGACUCAGGGAAGCGUUCUGGGGACAGAAGGAAGCCCCUGGGGGCCUUCCGGCCCAGGGAGCCCGACGGCGCCCCAGAGAAGCACCGCUCGCCCUGAGUGGGCGACCCCGAGCCAGGCCGCAAGCCCGGAGAGCCCUGGGAGCCGGCCCGGCCCUCAAACAGCGAAUGGCACUGAUAUGAGAGAUGCAGCUACUGCCACUCAGGCCCAACAUCUGAGCUCGUCUAACAACCCAGAUUCUAAAGAAAAAACUCCAGCAUCAGAAUCAGGGCAGCUCUUUGGAAUCCUGAAAGCAGAUUUUACCAUCCCAGCUCAGAUGGACCCAGAAGACAUGAAAGACAAAUUUUUGAGCGAGGUGAGACUUCUGCCCACUUUUAAUUUUGAUCAGUCAGAUGGCUUGACAAUGCAAGGCAAUACUGUCAAAACCAAUAUAUUAGGAGAAAAUGCUUUGGAAAAUGAGCUCAGCUGUUCCCACUGCCAUCACUUUGGCUCAUGGUGACAGGUUGGUUCAUGUGCUGAGAUCUUCUCAGAUCUUUUUCUUACACUCUCCAACAUUUUUCCUGAACUCUUAAAAAAAAAAUCAAGACAGCAUAGUCAGAAGGACCUGAGUUUGGGUCUUGGCUUUCCACUUAUUAGUCAUGUGACCUUGGGUAAGUAACAUAAUCUUUCUGAACCUCAGUUUCCUCCUGAAUUAGGAACAAUAGUACCCAACUCACAUGGUUGGUAUUAUGAUUAAAUGAAAUAUCCAUAUAAAGUGCUUAUUUAGCAAAUUGGCACAUAGUAAGUGCUCAAUAAACAUGAACAUUAGUUCCUGUUAUCAUCAAUGUUGUUAUUGUUCCCAAUAUACAUUUGUUCCAGGCUUUUUCCCCCUGUUCUUUUAAGAGUAUUGUGAGAUAGGAGAUUGUGAAGAGGAAGAACUGUUCCUAAAUAUUGCAACAAAAGCCUCAAGCUGAUUUUUGAAUAUGGUUUAAGAGCACAUUUUUCAGUUAUAUCAGAUGUAAAUCAGAAGAUGUCAGAGGUCAUCUAGCCAAAAUCAUAAUUUUACAGACAAGGACGCAGACUGGCAUUUAUCUAGUAGCUUAUUGCAAUUUACUCAUAGGCUGAAGAAAUAGCACCCAGGCAAUUCAUUCUAAAAUCUCACACACUCAAGUUUCUAGAAAGAACGUGUGUGUGUGUGUGUGUGUGUGUGUGUGUGUGUGCGCGUGUACACUGCGUGAGCCUGCCUGCCACUGAAUGGGCAGGGUGACUGCAGAGCUUUCAGUGCAUUUUGCUAUUGAAGGCAGAACAGGUGCAAAUGAUGCAAUUCAGCAUCUGGUAAAUGUUUUAGUGAAAUUUCAAGUAAUAAGACUACAUUACUGAGUAUUAGGUCUACAAAAGCCAAGGGCACCUUUUUUGGAGGGGAGGAACCAAACCAGAAUCCAUCUGCCUUCUAUUUUAAAUUAAAGCCAAUAAUGGGAAAAUUGAGGUCAAAAUGGGGAAUUCCAUCUUCUGGUCAAGUUUGUUGCAAUGUAUCUAUCCCAUAUUAAUGGAGAGAAUUUCUGCCUUACAGAUGUAAAGGAUGAACUUGGUAGGGACAAGGUGUGUAUGGGGGAAGCUAUGGUACAUAUGAUCAGUUUUA